CUCCUCCUCUCCCUCCAUCACACAUACAAACACACGCGCGCGCGCUCGCGCGCAAAGAGAUGAGCGGGUGUGAGAGCUGUAUGCUGGGCGAACGUGUUCAGUUGAAGGCAGCGGGAAGGUCGAGUGCUCGGCUCCGGGAGGCUCACAGCAGGUGCGGCAGGGCUGAGGCUGCACCUCACGGAGAGCGGGCUGCUGCUCCACCAUGUCCCCCGCAUCCGAUCAGCUCACUGGCGAGACGACGUGAGCCUGUUGUGUUGUGGAGACAUUACAGGGAGAUGGCUGGUCAGUCCUCUUUCAUCAUGAUGAACAGAUGGUAACUCAGGGUUAGCUUGUGGGCUGUGUUGAUAUUGAAUCACACCUAAAGGAUAGCACUGACGUUUCUUUAAGAUGACAAGGACACAUCCCCCUGAUAUACUGGCAUCAACUCUAUAUCGGGACAUUACUGUAAAUCCCAUCACUGACCACUCCAUUUCUCUCCACUCCUCCCAGCAAUGUGACAUGAAAAUGAUUGAUAAACCAGAACUCAUCAACAAAAGACACUGCCGUAGCUUUGACUUCAUUGAGUCAUUGGAUGAUCCACAGUCUCUCUCUUCCUCAAUGGAUUACCCUUACAAAAGGCCUGAGCUUCAGACAUUUAACAAAGAUCUAAUGUGGAAUGGACUAGAUCAACAGGGACAUCUUCGUUUUUCAUCUCCUGAUCUGUUUAAUACCAGGCAUAUCCAGCAGCACACCAGCCAAGAAAAAACCAACCAUCUUACAUGGUCGGAUUCUAAAAAGAGAACAAGAUCUAAAAGUGCUCCAAGGUUUAAGGCCAGCCUCACUCCUGUGCCCAUCUCAGUGUCUCCUCCAGGAGCCAGGAAGAGCAAGGAUGCACCUCAGGCUGCAUCAGAUACCUUGAGGUCUUCUGAAACACAUCGAGAAUCCUACACCUCAAACAGGGCUUUUUUGAAUGAAGUCCAUCCUAUAAAACUGCAGCCUCACUCUCCCCUCUAUGUCUCGGACUGUUUUGAGGAGGACAAACCAGAGAAACCAGCCAUAACCCCUCAUGUCAGGUGUCGCGUGGACAUUAAACCAGAUGCUUCUGUACUGCAGCACACAUCUAGGCAGAUUCCUACUGUACGGAUGGAGCAUCUUAGGCAGAGAUACUCCCAGGCCAGUAGCAGUAGAGGUUUGUAUGUACCACGGCAAAUUGUCUCCUCGCCAACGCCUACUCCAAGUGAAUGCUAUAGUGGAGAUUUUAGACAUGGAUACCACUACGCCACCAGCAUGUCUCCCAUCUCUCACCAGCAUCUAGACAUGCACAGAAUGCAGUCACCAACAGCGCCAUAUCUGAGUCAAGAACAGAGGGCUUACUCAAAUCCUAGCAUACCAACCAAGUUUUUCUACACAGAGGACCCUGUUCGGUAUCCAGUACAUCCCUAUUCUAGAGCACACUUUCAGGAUGACCGGUCCAGUUUAACAAGCCAUGGUAGUACAAUGACAUGUCAGUAUGAUCCAAGGACUCGAUGGGUGCAUACCCUUCCUGUUAGGUCAUAUUACACUGACCACCUGUCCAACAGAGAGUCAGCACACUCUGUAUAUAGUAGGCCUUACUCCACAAGUGAGGCAGGAUCUUACUUUUGUCAAACUCCACUGUCAAGAUCUUACUUUGCAGAGGACAGCAGUUUCAAUCCAUACCAUUCGAGCAGCUCAAGGUUGUUUUAUUCCAAACCAUUCAGUUCUCCUGAGGAGCAGUACUUACCCUCAAGGCCAUAUCAUACAGAGGGUCGUCGACGACCUCGAAUGUCCCAGGCCUUUUCAGAUGACUGGUAUCGCUCAAGUAUAUCUGGUUACUCAAACCAGUCCUCCCUGCACACACCACCAAGAGUAAGACACGACCCAAAUAUACCCCCGUGGUUUACCAGCAGCUGUGUGGAGACAAGUAGACUAGGAGCAGAGGUCAAAAACCACUCCAAGUCUUGGGACAACAUCCUAUAUCCAAGACAUGACAAAGAGCAAUCCGUACCUCGUGGACAAAGCUAUGAGAAUUUGUUUAACCAAGCAAGGCAUGGAGCAUCAGCUGAUGUUGCUUCUCAACCUGUCAUACUUAAUCUCUCAAGUUCGCCAAGGCGCUAUGCUGCACUCUCACUCUCCGAAAACUCGUUGGAGAAGGGAUCUAGCACUUCAUGGAGAAAUGUGAAGAGUGGGAACUGGUUCGUAACACCAGAGAUCACCAUUACAGACAAUGACAUAUGUGCAGCCAACAGCAAGCGUCGCGAUGUGCACUCUGUCCGCUGGGAUACAUUGGAUGAUGAAAAGCCACCAUCUUCGAGAUUACUGCAUCAGAAGCAGUCAUCCACCACAGCAGACAUAACCAAAGACAGGAAACACAACAACUUCUCCCUCCAGCAGAGUCUAGAGCAGCUUGAUGAACUCUUAGCAGAUUUGGUUGUUGAUUACAAACCACCAACUUGCAGAAAGUCGAGUGAAGACCUUGUGGACCAUCUAAAACAACUAAUUACUGAAAAUGAUGACAAAGAUAGAGCAUCUUCUGGACUUGGGAACUUAGGAUGUCUGAACACUCAGCUCCUAUCCUCCAAAUCCAGCCCUGACACAAUCAAAGACCCUGACAGUGGGUGUGAUGCUUUACAAAGGAGUGCCGAAGAAUGUUCUCCGGACCACAGCACAGAUGAGGAUGACACUAUGGUGUGUGCUAACAAGAAAUGCAACCGGAUUGAGAGUAUGUUCAAUGCCUGCUUAUACUACAAAUCGUGUCACAGUUGCUACACCUUUUACUGUUCCCGAAACUGUCGCAGGGAUGACUGGGAGACCCAUAAAGAGACCUGUCUGUAUGGUCGUGUCAGCAGUGUGUGUCGACACGCUCUAAAGUUCUGCAGAGAGAACUCAGAGAUCCACAAAGCCUUCUCUCGUCUUGCUAAAGCUGGCUAUCUCUCCAGAGGGAGAGGCGUUCUGUUUCUGGGUUUUGCUAAUCCAGAGACAGCUGACAACUUUCUGCAAGUUGGGCUCAAGAGCCUCCUCAUGUCUCCCACAUACUUAUCUCUCAGAGAGCUGGAUGGAUUCAAGGACAACCUAGGUGAAUACUGCAAGGAACUGCAGCAGGCAGGUAGUGAGUAUGACCCCAGUGAAUGUUUCCUUCUGAAUGUAUCCAUAGCUGUUGGUGAACUAGUGCCUAAUAGACCUUCACCAAGAGUCCAAGCACCAACAGUAAGGAAAUAUGCAAAGGUGUCCUUGGCCUCCUCAAGCCCUGACAAAAAGGUACUUAAGAAGGAUAGUGAAAUGGAAACACUCAUCCUCACUCCACCUCCAGGCACACCGGACAUAGACAAGGAGGGGGAGGAGGGAAGGAAAGCCAGAGAGGUGUGCUUUGUCAAUAUCCAGCGUGAGCUCAGGACCAGGGGAGUCUUCCUUCGUCACGAGUACCCCAAAAUCUAUAAUCAGCUGUGUGAGUUUGUGGAGAGCAACAGAAGGUUCACGCCUACUACGAUUUACCCAAUAGAUAAGAGAACAGGGAAACAGUUUAUGUGCAUGAUCAUGGCUGCAUCUGAGCCAAGAACACUGGACUGGUUGGGUACCCCUCAUCUCUUGGAUGAUAUUAUAUAGUACACCACUAAAUAGUAAUGAUAAUUAUGUCAGUACACUGUAUGUACAUACUGUAAAUAGAUGGUUUGAUUGAGCAAAUUGAAGUCUGAUGUGAAGAAUUUCCUUUCCUCUGUCUCUUUCUCUUAGUUCCUCGCUUUUGCCAUAUACAUAAGCACUCACACUCUCAUAUACGCACAAGCACACACACACGCAUGCAAAUGCACGCACACACACACACACACACACACACACACCGUAUACUCACACUUCUAAAUGUUGCCCUAUGUUGUUUUUUGGCUUGUUCUGAUCCUGUUGCACUCAGAAGAGUUAACAGCCUGCAUGUUGACUAGGCACAAACCGGUUAUCCAGGUGUUCAGGUGUGAAUAUGUAUGAUCUGUGCAGUUUCUGCAGACAAAGUAUGAAGCACACAAUGUUUAUGAAGUACACAUCUCAUUGCCUUCACAUUAUAUUAGGUACAGCCAGGUGUCAUGUAACAGUCACCCAAUUUUGAUUUAGACAAAUGUUAUUGAAAUGUAUAUUAUACGUUGUUGGCUGUAAUAUUACAAAUUUUUGUUAGUACUUAAGUAUUAUUUCCUAAGUAUACUCUAGAUGUGUGGGUAUUUUUCUAUAUUAUUUAUUAUUUGAUAGUAUGACAAAGAAGUACAAUCAAUCAGCCUGCUUGUUUUCCCACUUUUUGUUGAAACACAUUUCAUCUUGUGAUGAGACUUGAUGUCAUCCUUAUAUAAAUUGCUUUGUUUGAAAGUGGCCUUCUGUCUAAAAAAAUACAUAAGCAUUUGACAAAAAGCAAUGUAUAGGUUUAGCUAUUUCUAAAGGCUUGACAGCUCUUGACUUAGGUUGUUUGAACUACCAUUGUAAAAUAAUAAUUAUUUUGCUCAAAGCAUGUUAUUUAUAUUCAGGUAUUUUAAUAUUUAUUAUUUAUUAUGUUGAUGAGAUACAAUUUGAUGCCUAGAAAAGUAAGAGGUAUAUUAUAUAUAUUGAAUAUUAGAUAAUUUGAACAUCAUGACCUUGAGACCUUAUUGUAACAAAUACAGCAGUAUGUUCGUAAACAAUAUGCAAUAAAAGAGCAACCUUAACAUCUAUAUUGUAAAACCCUAUUUUAUUAUUAAUAUUGAAUAAUCCCUUGGAGCCAAGAGCUGCAUAGACUUUGUUUGCACUAAAACAUAAAUUAUAAAAGAAGAAUGUUCCUAACGCUGCAGCACUGUACCCAGAUGAUAUGCCUGCUUCCUUUGUCAUUGUUGACUAAUCUAAGGUUGCUCUUUUACUUGAUUAUAUCUUUGUGCAAGACCUUCCACAACUUUCUAUUUUGUGAUGUUUAUAACCUAUAUAUAAAUAUAUAAUAAAUGGAAUUUAAUGAGUGACCUUGUGGCUUUGCAUUUCUCCCUACUCCCUGUAUUUGAACAGAUGGAAAAAAAAAAUAUUGAAAACAAUAGGAUAGACAUACACAUUUAUCAACAUGUCUGAAGAUAUCAGUUACCUAUGCUUUUUGCCACUUCAGCUUUGAUGUUUAAGAUUUCACAGUGUUUUGUGACACAUGCAGGAGUAGCCUGUUCAAACAAGAACACACAUCUCUCUCAUGAAUUCAGAAUGACUAUCCAUUCAUCUUUGUACUGUGCGCAAAAACGUAUCAGAACCCCAAAUAGGCUCAAAUCAUACAUAUUGUAUUUCUUAAGUUCCAUCAUUUAAUGCUCCUUUAUUUAUUGACUCUGUUAGCGUUAGUGCAAGAGUGUGUGAUAUGGACAUGAAAACAUUUUGUUUGUGCAAGUGCAUAUGAUGCCUGGUUCUAAUCAUCAUGUUUUACAGUAAAUACAGAUUUACGUUUAGGAUAUGGGCAAUAAGGUGUGGGGCACACUGUUAGAGUAAAAGUUUUCAAUGAUAACGUGACAUCUAACGUUUCAACCAACAACAUGUACAUUUGCAUGGGUAUAUUUGCUCUGAUGAAGACGUGCUGUUUGUCAAAAUAUAAGUCGCUGUUUAAUAAAAACUUUAACUAUAACCUCA